CGGUCUGACUGACAGCCCACCGAGCGCUGAGUCCGCGUCACCGUUUACCGGAUACGUUCAGAGGCUCCCGCUGUAGCUCGCGAGUCAGCAGACGGCCGCAGGAGGAGGGGCGGUGUUAGCAGCUGGACGCUAACGGCUAACAGCGGCGCGAUGGAGGAGUUCUUGUCGGGCUGCCGCCAGGCCGUGAAGGGGAAUGUGGAUCGACAGGGUCCAGGAUUUCAUGUUGUCCUUGGUAACGAGGCCUGUGAUCUGGACUCCAUGGUGUCCGCUCUGGCCUUCGCCUACUUCCUGUUCAAGACGACACACAGCGAGAUGCUCGUUCUACCGCUGCUCAACAUCCGUCAGUCAGAACUGGUCCUGCGUUCGGACAACGUCUUCCUGCUGCGUCAGGCCGGCUUGUCUCCAGACCUGCUGGUGUUCAGGGACCAGCUGGACCUCCGAGCGCUGUGGCGAGCCGGCCGCCUGCGGUUGACUCUGGUCGACCACAACGUCCUGCCCAGUUCAGACAGUGACCUGGAGGGGGCGGUGGUGGAGGUGAUCGACCAUCACCUGCUGGAGAGGCAACCCUCCCCUUCAUGUCCUGUUACAGUGGAGAUGGUGGGAUCCUGCGCUACCUUGGUCACUGAACGCAUCAUCCAUAAAGCUCCACAGAUCCUGGACCAGCAGCUGGCUCAGAUGCUCUAUGCCAGCGUGGUCCUGGACUGUGUCAACAUGGCUCCUGCUGCAGGGAAAAUGACUCCUAAAGACAGCCAGUACGCCGCGGCGCUGGAGACACGGUUCCCCGCUCUGCCACCGAGGGGCGCUCUGUUCCAGGCGCUGCAGAAUGCCAAGUUUGACGUCUCAGGUCUGAACACGGAACAGAUGCUGUUGAAGGACAUGAAAGCUGUUUCAGGAAGUCUGAAUCUGGCUAUUUCUGUUCUCUACAUCACUCUGGAGAACUUCCUGCAGAAGGAGGACUUGGAGGCGGAGCUUUCAGCUUUCUGUCAGAAGUUUGGAUUUGAUUUGCUGCUGCUGAUGACCAUCUUCUUCAGUGACAGCAAAGAGCCAAUCAGAGAGCUGGCUGCGUUCAGCCACAGCUCCACCUGCAGAGACCAGGUGUGUCAAUACCUGGAGAAGUUUCGUAACCCUUCCCUCAACCUCUGUCCAAUCAGCAGCCCCCAUCCUCACAUUUCUGCCUAUCGCCAAGGAAACACGUUGGCAUCUCGGAAGAAGCUCCUCCCUAUCGUUCGGGACUUCCUCAGAGAGCAGGAUGGAAUCGGUGGUCCAGGAGACCUGGAGGAUGAGUCUGUGGUUCCUCCCACCCCCAUGAACAGUCUGGUGGAGGGAUGUCCCCUAGAUGAAGGCUUCCCUCAGAUCAGCGCUCAGGACCUGGAGGACAAGUUUAGCAAGAUGAAUGCCUCUGACCCCAGACUGACCUCUGACCCCGACUGACCUCUGACCUCUGACCCCUGACCCCGACUGACCUCUGACCCAGACUGACCUCUGACCCCAGACUGACCUCUGAGCUUUCAAUCAUCAGGAGACGAUGGAGAACAAAGAAAAACUUUACCAACAACCCGUAUUUUUUUAAAAACUGAUUCAGAUUGAACCAGAACUAUCAAAGACCUGAGUCCUGAGACCACAUGGAUCUGGACCCAGGACCCAGCUGAUUCUGGUCAAGGUGUGUCAGAAUGUGAACAUGUUUGUGUUUCCUGAGUUUAACGAAUAAAAUCAAAGAGCUGAAGAAAA